AUGGAAGCGCUAUUAAAUCUUGAAGCAGUCACGUGGCAAGGCAAUACUACCGGGUUGAGAUUUUUGUUUGAUAAAAUUGAAACGCAUACACGUGAAUUAGUAGCGUUAGGUGUUGCCCCAGAAGCCUAUAAUAGUUUGCUGCCAUCAUUAUUGAUGAAGAAGCUUCCUCAUGAAUUAUGUUUAGCAAUUAGCCGAAGAAUACCAGAAGAUGAAUGGAAUUUGGAGAGAAUUAUGAAAGAACUUUCAGAUGAGCUUCGGGCUAGAGAACGUACAGCAUCAGAGCGUAAGAAGACAAGCGAUGAGCAUCGUAGCCAUAAUAAAGGUGCUUCUUUCAAGCCUACUUCCGCUGCCUUACACUCACGUGUUUAUAGCUGCCAUUAUUGCGAAGGCAAUCACAAAUCGGAAUCAUGUUUGAAGGUUUCAAAACCUGAAGACAGGUGCCAGUUUAUACGUGAUAGUGGUAGUAGAUGUUUUGUGUGUUUAAAGAAGGGACAUGUGAGUAGAAACUGUAGAUUGGGUGGUAAAUGUAAACAUUGUCAAGAGAGACAUCACAAUAGUAUUUGUUUUAAAUUGAGUGGUGAAAAGAGUGAAGGUACAAGGGAAUCUGAUCAAAGAAAGGGGAGUCUUGAUCCCAAAGCAGAGCCUUUUAAGUCUUCUUCCUUGUUGACAGAUUCAAGUGGCCUAAUACUUUUACAGACUGCCAAAGCAUUUGUGGAAAAUUCCAAUUGCCAAGAUAUAAAGGAAUUGAGACUUAUAUUUCACAGUGGUAGUCAAAGGUCUUACAUUACUGAGAGAGCCAAAAGAGCAUUGUGUUUGAGAGUUAGUGGUAAGAGAGAUAUGAAUAUAACUACCUUUGGAGCCUGUGGGAGCAAAGGGUUCACCUGUGAAAUAGUGAGAGUGAAUGUAGAGACGAGAGAUGGUGAAAGGGUUGGUAUGAAGUUAACUAUUCCCAUUAUUUGUGAGUCCAUAACUGGGGUCUCUUUAAGUCAAUGUGUUCAAACCUAUGAGCAUUUACAGGGUCUCAAUUUAGCUGAUGAGAUAAAUGAAGGAGAAUUAAUAGAAUUUCAUGUAUUGGUUGGGCUAGAUUAUUAUUGGAGAUUUGUUACUGGGGAAGUCAUACAAGGGAAAAGGGGUCCAACUGCUAUUUAUUCUAGUUUGGGUUGGUUGCUUUGA